UUGUUUCUCCGGAACAUAUGAGUUAUCCCCCUGUUACUUCCGGUAAAUAAUGAAAAACACACUGCUGAGGUUUUUGUGUAAUAAUUACAUCAAACAGUCCUGCUUUGGUUACAGGACAGCUUUGGUUUCAUGUAGAAGAUGCAUUUCCAACAGUGUUCCUCAGGGACAGGAACUGACACAAACAUCAGUGAAAACAGAUGCCAAAAAAGAGGUGGACACCUGGGAAGCCCUGAAACAUGAUGACUACUUCAAUUUGAGGAGUCUGGUUACACUAAAAGAUUUGUUCAGGAUCAACGCACACUUUGGGCACCACCAAGGUGGCCGGAAUGUCUAUAUGUCACCUUACCUAUUUGGCACCCGCAGUGGCAUUGAUAUUAUUGAUUUAGAACAAACAGUGCCUCUGUUUCAAGAUGCUCUGAAUUUUACAGCACAUAUUGCAUAUAGAGGUGGGGUGAUUCUCUUUGUCAGUAGAAGCAAGCCUAUGAUGCCGUACAUCGAGAAAACUGCGGAAUUGUGUGGAGAAUACGCUCAUUGUCGUUACUGGAUGCCAGGACUAUUUACAGAUAUGCCAAAUAAAUUUGGCCAGAGAGUACGCCUUCCAGAUCUCUGCAUCUUUAUAAAUACACUUAAUAGUGUGUUUGAAACUCACAAAGGUGUAAUAGACUCAGCAAAGUUGUUAAUCCCGACAGUAGGUUUAGUGGACUCAAAUUGUGACCCUAGAUUAAUAACCUAUCCAAUACCUGCGAAUGAUGAUUCAUUUAAGGCAGUUAAAUAUUACCUGAAUUUGUUCGAGACGGCUGUACUUAAAGGAAAACAGAAAAGGAAAGAAGAUGAAGAAAUGUUGUCAGAUUCUGAAUUGUAAACGAGUGCUUGAUAAUAUCUGAAGUAUUUGUGAUACAAAACGUUUUGUCCAUUUUACUAGUUAAAAUGUAAGUAGAGGUGAAAUGUUAUUUUAUUUAGAGAAUUUGCUCCAGGAUGUCACAAACAAAGACUUUUAUAAAAAAAUGUUAUAUAUAAGAAAGGUUAGAUAUAAAAGAUUCAGUAUGAUCCCUCACCAAAAAGAAUUUAACCGAAAUCGUGUUAAUUCUGUCAUUUAACAAAAAAUUGUAAUAAACUUUUGUGAAAAAGAUUGAUGGACUUGAUACAUAGAUCUGCGUAAAGAUAAAGACAAAUUAGCAUGUUCUAUAAAUAUACAUGCUUAACCUGAGAAAUGUGAGAAUUAUCACUUGACACUGGCAUGAUUUUAAAGCAGCAUGCCUCCAGAUUUGGUUAAAAAAUAAUCUUUCUUUCAAAUUGAAGUCUGGUCAUAUCAUGAACAUUAGAAUAUGAAUUUUUGUUUCUAAAAUAUUUUAAAAAUACCAAAUCAAGAAAAAAAGAUGACCGCGUCGAGAAUCGAACCCCGGACCGCCGCGGCAAUAAAGACUUUUUCCCAUCGUCAUAACCAGUAGCACUACAGCUGAAGUAAUGAAUAAUGACCUCGAAAUAUAGAUAUUUAUAAUCGAGACAGUUUACUUCGAGUAAAAGCGUGACAAACACUUUCUGAUUUUCAUCGUAAAAAGUAGUAAAAACAGCAAAUUAUCAUGUGUUUCCGUAACAUAAAGUUUGUCAGUAAUGAAGUUUUAAAGCCUUCUUAAGAAAUAUAGCAUUUAUUUCAAGAUACUUAAAAAAAAAAUUUUUUGUUGUCGAACGAUCUGGAGGCAUGCAGCUUAAAUUGAUCUGUGUAAUUAAAAGAAUAUUAUUUGAAGGAAUUCAUUUGUUUGGUAUUUGAUAUUAUGUUAAUAAAGACAUGUUUUCAUA